AUCGGACCAUUCAUGGGGUGUGAUCGCGGGUACAGUUACUUCUGUUAGUCCCUGGAGUCGGUUGUAGGCAGUGCAAAAGCGACCUGAACCGUUUGCAGAAUCGAUGUGCUCGUUCGAGCCUUGAAUUGCACUAUGAAACCACGCCAUAGAAAUAUCUUUGCUACCUUCUGUCUUCCUGUGAAUUUACAAAGUGAUCAGUAAACAAGACAAAUCUGUCUCACAAUUGUGUAGAAGUAACAUUAAAAGGCUUACUAACCUGAAACAUAUCGCCCUAUGAUAACUUCCUUGACCCGCUGCAAAAUUGAAUUCGUUGCUGUUGUCGCCAUCUACUGGAUUGGAGCGUGGACGAUGUAUAAUAUGUUAAACACAUUAAAAUACUCAGGAAAUAAAUGUACACCUCGCCGCCUUGCUGCAUCUGGUGUGAAUAGUUAAAUAUCUUUUCAAAACAAAAGAGUUUCUUAUAUUCUUAAGUGCUCGGAGUGGAGAUACGGAGUCUGACGUCACAGACAGGGAGGCGUCGCUCCUCUCUGGAUUUACCGAGAGAGGAACGGAAAAUGGCGGAUCUCGAGGACGUAACUCUGGACGGGAGACCGCUCCAGUCCCUUCGAGUUGCUGAUUUAAAAGCAGCCCUUGAAGAAAGAGGACUUUCCAAAAGUGGACAGAAAAAUGCUCUCAUCAAAAGACUCAAGGGGGCCCUCAUGCUGGAGAAUCUGCAACGAACCUCCACAGCCCAUGUUGGACUCCAGCCCAAUUCUCAGAUUGGUGAAGAAAUGAGCCACAACAGCAUUAUUAAGCAGUACCUAGCUAAGCAACAGGAGCUCCUGAGGCAGCGAUUGGAGAGAGAAGCCCGCGAAGCUUAUGAAACAAAUGAUCAAGAGGAUCACAAUGAUGUAAAUAACAGCACCUGUCCUCCACAAGCCCAGGGUGCUUCACCUGCUAUGACAGACCAUUUCAAACCACCAGGCCCCUCUAGUGGACAGGCAGUGCCAGAGGGCUUGACACACAGACACCAGGAGGCUGCCAUGUCACGUCCACCUGCCUCUGGCUCUGUGGCUCAAGACCGAAGUGAAGCAGCAGCUGACAGUGAUGAAGAUGAUAGUGAGGAUGGAGAGGAUGAUGGUGAUGAUGAUGACGACUGGGACAGUAAAGUACAGGGAAGACUCCCCAGACAGCCAGUGAGAGCACCCAUGGUCAGGGAGAGAUCUGCAGCAUCUUGCCAACCUCAGCAGCAACAUAUUCCUUCACUUUUGUCUCCUCAAUUGCGCCAGCCAACACCUCCACCUUCUCCACCACCAGAGUUAUCAUUUCCUUUACCUGACACCCCUAAACAGAGUCCCCCUAGUCCUGAUGAAGCUCCAGCAGGACGUUCUCCCUCUUCUUCCAGCUCAGGUUCAUCCAGCAGUGGAAGCCGUAGCAGCAGUCCUGAACCUCAUGGUGGACAUGCUGAACGCAAGCCUGGCCCCUUGACCCUUCUAGCAAGAAAAAUGGAGUCAGAAGGUGCUUUCUCUGGAGCCGAGUGGCAUAGCCGUGAUGCCAACAGGCAGGACAACUGUUCUUCAGUUUUGUUUCCUAAUCAAGUUUGUCCAGGGGGUUUGGCCCCCUCUGUCCUUCAUAUGCCAACUUCAAGCCAUGCACCAAUUAAUCUAGGGUCAAACAAAGGCAAUGUUCAAAUCCCCGUAAGUGUAUUGAAGGCAACGGCAGAGAGAGAGGCUGAAUUAGAAAGAGAAAAGGCUCUCGAGCUCCGAAGGAAAGAACAACAAAGAAAACUUGAGCAAGAACGGGCUAUGGAGGAGGAACGGGUAAGAGCUGAACAACAGAAGGCUUUCGAGAAAGAAAAGUUGGAACGGGAAGCUUUAGAAAGAGAAAAGGCUCUGCAAAUGAAGAGGGAACUUGCUUUAGAAAGAGAAAAACAGGAAAGAGAGAUAGCCUUGGCUAAAGCGAGAGAAGAAAAGGAACGGGCAUUGGAGCUUGAACGGAAAAGGGCUCUAGAGAGAGAACUGGCUUUGCAGCGAGAACAAGAGGAACGUGAACAGCGCCAGAGGGAAGAACAAGCAAGAGCUCAGGCUUUGGAGAGGGAGAGAAUUCUGGAGCAAGAAAGGAUAGAAAGAGAGCAGAGAGAGAGAGAGAAAGCUUUGGAGCAAGAAAGACUGGAACAAGAAAGGUUGGAGAGGGAGGCAGCUUUGGAGCGUGAAAGGUUGAUUAAGGAAAAAGAACAAAUGGAAAGAGAACAAGCUUUAGAACAAGAAAGGAUUGAACAGGAAAGAAUUGAGCAAGAAAGAACUGCGCGAGAAGCGGCUUUAGAACGGGAAAGAAUUGAGAAAGAAAAGGCUCUAGAACUUGAACGAGAAAGAAUUGCACAAGAAAUGGCUCUUGAGCAGGAGAGAAUAGAGAGAGAAAAGGCUCUAGAACAGGAAAGAAGAGAGCGAGAAAAGGCUCUAGAACUGGAGAGAAUAGAGCGAGAAAGAAUUGAGAGAGAAAAGACUCUAGAACAGGAGAGGAUAGAACGAGAAAGAAUUGAACGAGAAAAGGCUCUAGAACAGGAGAGGAUAGAACGAGAAAGAAUUGAACGGGAAAAGGUUCUAGAACAGGAGAGAAUAGAGCGAGAAAGGGCUCUAGAACAGGAGAGGAUAGAACGAGAAAGAAUUGAACGGGAAAAGGCUCUAGAACAGGAGAGAAUAGAGCGAGAAAGGGCUCUAGAACAGGAGAGAAUUGAGCGAGAAAAGGCUCUAGAACAGGAGAGGAUUGAGCGAGAAAAGGCCCUAGAACAGGAGAGAAUUGAGCGAGAAAAGGCCCUAGAACAGGAGAGAAUUGAGCGAGAAAGGGUUCUAGAACAGGAGAGGAUAGAGCGAGAAAACGCUCUGGAGAAAGAAAGGACAGAGCAAGAAAGGGCUGAAAGAGAGGCAUGUUUGGAAAGGGAAAGACUGGAAAAGGCUGAACAAGAGAGACUGGAGCAGGAGAAAGGGCUGAAACAGGAAGGACAAGCAUUAGAAAAAGGGAGAAAAGACAACUCUGUGGCAGAGAAAUCUAGGAUGACUCAAGUGGAGAGUGAGGAGCAUUUUCCUCCUCCUCGUGAGAUUGGUUUUGUCCCACUGCCCACUCCUACCCCCCUCUCCACAGGAACAUCAACAAAUGUAUCAACAGAAGCAGAAGUCCAUGGUCCGGUUACCUGUGAAGGCCAAGCAGAAGAGUCAAAUAAGUCACCGCCGUCCUUGUUCAAAAAGUUUCGAUUCUCAAGAAACACCCCAUUGCAACCACAUGCAGCCUCACGAAUUAUCAAGAGGCCUCGUACUUUUUCUGAUACUCCACAGCAUUCUGGCCCUAUCUUGGAUAGUAAUACUGAAAGUCAACUGCACACAGAACAAUCUGAAAGUCUAGAUGUUGUUGGGACAGCAAUAUCAAAGGUAAAACAGGUUGAAGCUGUGGAAAGUGUCCAAAAAGAAGGUGACUCAAACAUCAUGUCAGAGGAUAAGAAAGAUCAUGAUAAAACUGAGGAUGCAGUGAAGGGUUCUGUUAAAACAGCUGUAGACAGUAGAGUGUGUCCUUCAAGAAGAGGAAGAGAUGUAAAGAAGACAGAGGAAAAAGACACACAAAGGUCAUCAUCAAAUGAUUCGUCUUCCUCCGAAUCCGAUUCCUCUUCAUCUCGCUCCACUGGUUCUUCUUCCUCUUCUAUGGAGAAAACAUGCCUCUCACAGCCGAGCAGAACUUCAUCAUCGCUUGAAGCUAUUGAGGUAUCAAAAGAGCAAGAAAAGACAUCUGCAAUUCAAAUGGAGAUUUCUUCAGAGAAUGUACAGUUUAAUAAAGAUAUUCGUACCAAGCAAAACGAAGCACCUAUCCAAGGUGACGCCCAAAGAAGAAAAGGCAGUGAUGAUGAGGAUGAAAAGACUGAAAAUAGCCGAGGAGAGUCUGCUGUGUCAGAGUCAGAAAAGGGUACUGAGGGCAACAAUGAGACACCUAAAGCCUUCUCAACUCGUAAGAUCUCUCUUAGCAGCAGCAAAUCAUCUCCUGGCAGCACUGAGAAUGAUCACGAGUUGGGGUCUGCAAGUGGUCGUAAGAGGAGGUGGGGCUCUAGUACAGCUGUCACUGCCAAAAAACCUACGAUCAGCAUCACCACAGAUUCUCUUAAGUCUUUGAUUCCAGACAUCAAACCUGCCUUAAACCAGGAAGCAGUGAUGGACCUUCAUCCUGAGGAUCCUGUCCUGUCUGAAACUGAGGAUGACGAUAAGGGCCAUGCUGAUCAAGAACUUCAGAUUUGCCGAACUGUAACACAAGUCGUCAAUGUGGAGAACCAGGAAAAUGGCCAAAAGGAAGCAAAAAGAAGACGAGAAGAGUCAGAAGAAGAGGAUAUGCAAGAUGAAAAAGAGACAAAAACCUAUGAUGAAGCCAUAGAAGCACCCUCACCAUUGCACACGCGUCAUGAAGCAGAAUUUAACACUGUGACUCCUAACGAUAUCCUCAUUCGUCGAUCAAUUAGCCAACAGAAGAUUGGUGUGUCUAUUACUAUUGAUGAUCCUGUGCGCACAGCCAAGCAGCCAUCUCCUCCCCGGGGAGAUGUUUCUAACAUUGUUCAUGUUUGCAACUUGGUGAGGCCGUUUACACUGGGACAACUCAAAGAACUGCUCAGCAGAACAGGCACUCUUGUGGAAGAUGGCUUCUGGAUUGAUAAAAUCAAGUCUCAUUGUUAUGUUACCUAUUCUAGCUCUGAAGAAGCAGUUGCCACACGGGCGGCACUUCAUGGUGUUAAAUGGCCUCAAAGCAACCCAAAAGUUCUUAGAGUAGAUUUCUGCCAACAAGAUGAGCUGGACUUCCACAAAGGUUUAGGCUCUGGUGAAAGACCUGGAAGUGGAGUGCAAAGUCAUAGUCAGGCUCUUCCUUCACUUCUCCCAGAGCGAGACCAAUGGGCUGAGCGCGAGCGUGAAAUGGGGCGCCGGGAGAGGGCACGGGCAGAGCGGGAAUGGGACCGGGAUAAGGUCAGAGAGUUUGGGAAGACCCCAGAGGAAAGAGAGGCCGGUGCACAGAGAUCUAGGUCCAGAGAGAGACGUCGCAAGGAGAGGGAAAAGAGCAAAGAGAAGAAGCUUGAAAAGAAGGAGAAAACAGAGGAUCCUCCAGCAAAACUGCUUGAUGACCUGUUCAGAAAAACAAAAGCAGUUCCUUGCAUAUACUGGCUUCCCCUCACAGAGGAACAGUAUCUUCAGCGUGAAAUGGCUAGAGUUGAAAGGAGAAAAGAGCGAGAGAAGCAACGCAAAAAAGAAGAGGAGGAAGCAGAGCUGAAGAAAAAAGAAGAGGAAAACAAGGAGAGAAUGCGAGCUGGAGGUGGCAUUACAGUUGACCGCAGUGAGAGCGAGAAGGACAGGAUCAAAGACAGGGACCGAGCCAGAGACCGAGCUAGGGACAGGGAAAGGGACAGGGAAGCUGAUAAACGCAGGGAGGGUUAUCGUAGGCCUGGUGGCUACGCCCCCCCUAGUGGACGCCGUUCACGCAGUCGAAGUGACCCCCGAGAACGUAGGCGCUAGUUGAAAAAUGAUUAAUGGAACUCAAGAGACCAUACUUCCAUUUGCCUUUCACUAUAUGUACUUUGAUAUGACAGACCCUAAUGGAGGACCAACUGAUGUCACAGCAUCUCUAAAAUUACUUCUUUUUAAAUCACAUCUGCACCUACAUCCGAUCACGCUGAGAGGGGACCAUUUUUUUUUUUUUUGCAGUGUUUUCCAGAAUGCUGUACGUCUUGCCUGUGUCAAGAGUCAAGUUCUCUUUGUAUGUUUGCCUUAUUUUGUCUUGACAGCAUUGCGUUAUAGCACUGGAUAAUUAUAAAUAUCCUCUGAUGUUCCCUGUUGCUGCUUAAAUGUAGGUGUUGACUAACUUGCAAUCAGUUGCCUCAAGUGUUAGCAGCUCAGCUCCAAGGUCCAGUCCUUCAGUUGCUGUUGUCAGAGGAUGUCCUGCAGUACUGGUAUAAAAGGACAUAUCUGUCUCUUUUCAGCGGCAAAUAACAUAAGAAAUAUUUGGAGAUAAGAAGUUUAACAUUUUGUACAGACAAAAUAAUCAAAAGCCAAGUCUGUAAAUGAGGCAGCUUUGGGAUAUUUUUGGACAGGUGUAUAUUAACAACCAAGGUAUUAUAGUGUUCUUCUCACCUUGAGCCAACUCUUCACAGGCCUGACCUGUUAAUGAUUAUGUCCUCAACAUUUAAUCUGUUCCAUUUUUCCUCGUCCCCUCCUGUAGUAUUCAUACAGGUUUCAGAGGGAGUACGCUCACUGAUGGUUUUAAUAUUGUUUUUAAUUGCUAUUUUAUCAUUUUAGUACAAAGGAUUUUGUUUUGUUUUUUAUUUUCUUUUAAGUACGCCUAUUGGUGAAUGUACAAAUAAUAAAAAUUGAGACUUAAAA